GGAGGGGGGGUUUGUGGAGGAUUAACCUGGACAGGUAAGACAGGUGAGAGCUUCGAUCCGCGGGAUUCCUGUUGUCGGAGCCCACGCAGCGAGCUGUGCCGCUUUUAGAGGCUGUCGGAGUGUGUGUGCAGGAAGAAGUGUUUGGAUCAGCGCAGCAGAACAGUUCGGUCCGAUCAGGUGGGAGUGACGAGAUGCUCUAAGGGAGGAUGGAAGCACAUCUGCUCAACGGUCAAAGGUCGAGCAGCAGGAUGCAGACCGGCCCCCAGGAGCAGCCGCUGGCCCUUACUGUGGCUCAGCUAACCAAUGGGAAGGAGGAGGAGGUGAACACAGAUGCAGAGUCCAUGGAGGAGGAGUUCAUCUGGGAGGAGUACAUGGAGGACACAGGAGCCGCCGCCGCCCCCCACACCACCUUCAGACAUGUGGAAAUCAGCCUGCAGAGCAGCUUCCAGCCGGGCAUGAAGCUGGAGGUGGCCAACAAGAGCGUCCCAGAAACGUACUGGGUGGCCACCAUCAUCACCACCUGCGGCCAGCUGCUCCUGCUGCGCUACAGCGGCUACGGCGACGACCGCAAAGCCGACUUCUGGUGUGACGUCAUGACGGCUGAGCUGCAUCCAGUGGGCUGGUGCUCGCUGAAUGACAAGACGUUGAUGCCUCCUGAAGCCAUCAGGGAGAAAUACAGCGACUGGACGGAGUUCCUCAUUCAGGAUCUGACCGGGUCCAGAACUGCACCUGCUAACCUGCUGGAAGGGCCGCUGCGAGGGAAGAACACGGUGGAUCUGAUCGUGGACGGUUCUGUCCUGGAGCUGCAGGACCGGUCCGACCCGAAGCGGUUCUGGCCCGUUAGAGUGGUCCAGAACAUCGGAGGGAGGCUCCGGCUGCGACCCGUCGGCCUCACCGAGGACCAUCGGGCCCAGGACGUUUGGCUCUUCUACCUGGACUUCAGGCUCCGCCCCCUUGGCUGGGCUCUGGAGAACAGCCUGGCCUUAGAGCCACCGACAGAGCUGCGGCCCUUGAGGAGCGACUCUGAUUGGCAGCAGGCUCUGCAGGACGCUCGGAUGGACGGACAGAAGACUCCGCUUCCGCUGGAGGUCUUCAAGGACCAUAUGGACCUGCCCAAGCACUCGUUUAGGAUGGGCAUGAAGCUGGAGAUGGUUUCUCCGUGGGAGCAGCUCAAGAUCUGCCCCGUUUCUGUCACCAAGGUCUACAACGACAUCUACUUCCAGGUGACGCUGGACGACCUCUCUGCUGAUGCGAAGCCCCGCUCCGCCUUGUGCCACGCCCACUCACCCGGCAUCUUGCCUGUCCAGUGGUGUCUGAAGAACGGCGUGGUUCUAGAGAAGCCUCUGGGCUACGAGGGCCAGGACUUUGACUGGGCUGACUACCUGAAGCAGACUGGGACGGAGGCAGCACCUGACUCCUGCUUUCCUGAGACUUGGCAGACUCGAGGUUUUGCCAAGGACAUGUGGCUGGAGGCUGUGAACCCUUGGCGGCCAGAGGACGUGUGUGUGGCUCAGAUCAGUCAGGUUCGAGGACGCCUGCUGUGGCUCCGACUGGAAGGUGUGCCAAAGACGCUGUCAGAGUGCAUUGUGGACGUGGAGUCCAUGGACAUCUUCCCUGUUGGCUGGUGUGAGGCCAACGCUUACCCUCUGACCCAUCCAGUCAAGCCUAUCCGCCAGAAGCAGAAGAAGAUCGCAGUCGUCCAGCCGGAGAAACAGUUGGCUCCAUUGCAGGCGGUUGAGGCGGCUCCUGUGAACCCCUACCAGCCUGUUGCCAUGGAUCCAGGCUCAGCCAGCGGCCGCUACUGCUGCUCCCAGAUUUUCGUUAACCACCGCUGCUUCUCAGGGCCGUACCUCAACAAAGGACGCAUCGCAGAGCUGCCACAGGCGGUGGGACCCGGGAAAUGCACGCUGGUCCUGAAGGAGCUGCUGAGCAUGCUGAUCAACGCCGCCUAUAAGCCUGGGCGGGUCUUGAAGGAGCUGCAGGAGAUGGAGGACCAGAGCUGGGAAUGCCAGAUGGAGACCAUCAAAGCCAAAUAUAAAGGGAAAACCUAUCGCGCCACCAUUGGGAUCGUCCGCCUGGCCGAGCAGAUCCCUGAAUUCUGCCGUAAGGUGUGUGUGAAGCUGCAGUGCUGCCCCAACCUUUUUGGCCCCGCCCCCGUCACCGAAAAGUGCCCCGAGAACUGCUCGGUUCAAACCAAAACCAAAUACACGUGUUACUACAGACAGAAGAAGAGGUUUCCCAAAGCAGCGGGCGGAGAGGAGGCGGCAGGCGGAGAGCUGGCCAAGCCGCUGCGUCGCAGGAGGAAGAGGAAGGCCAUCUUUGUACAGAAGAAGAGACGCACAUCUAAUGUCGACUACAUUCCUGCAGCCUCACCACUGGACAGUGUCGAAGAAGAAGACGAUGUAGAACGGUUGUUGGAGUCCGGCAGUGAAGGUACCAGUUCGGAGCCCCGCGAUGACCUCACAGACGCCUCAUCGGUGGAGGUGACCAGCAGCAGCCAGCGUCCUCGCCGGGCAGCGACACUUCGCAGGGCCUUCAGUGCCGGGGCUUUCGAUAGAUUCCACAAGACUUCUGAAGGCCACAGACGCUCGACACGUUCCCUGUCCGCCUACAGCCAGGACAACAAGUUCCAGAAAGGACAGGACAUCAAGGUCCAGGAGAGCGACGGCCCGCUGGUUCUGGACAAGAACCCUCUGGAAUGGAGCGUCGACGAAGUUGUCGACUUCAUUAACCGCACCGACUGUUCGUCAUUGGCAAAUAUCUUCAGGGAGCAGGACAUUGACGGCCAGGCCCUGCUGCUGCUCACUCUGCCCACCGUCCAGGAGUGCAUGGACCUGAAGCUUGGCCCUGCCAUCAAGCUGUGUCACCAUAUCGAACGCGUCAAGGUUGCCUUUUAUAAACAGUUUGCAGACUGAGCCUGGAGGAGGGUCCUCACUGCUGACAGCUCCAGUUUUCUUGGGGAUUCUUCUUCCUUUUGUUUUUUAAUCUGUUGAACUAAAAAGCACACAGAGGAUGAAGAUAGGAGGAUAUGUUGAAGGACUUUUUGAAAACCUUCCCUGCUGAUGAUGGAGAUUUGCAUCCUGAUCUGUGCAGACUUGGCUUUCAGCCAGAGUGACAUCGCUUUGCUUUCGUCUCACCCUGAUUGGUUCUAAUCCAAAAGUAUUUAACAAAGUGAGAAAUAAUAUAUUUUGUGAUAUUUAUUACUAUCCAGAUAUUUAAGGACAGAUUUAAAGCCAGAUGAUCAGGGGGUCAGUUUCACGAAGCAAGUUUACUGAAAACUUAAGUUUUCAAAACCUGAAAUCAGAGAAACUUUCGUUUCACAAAGAGUUUCCUCAACAUCUGUUUCGGUUGCCAUAGUAACAUCCUCCCAGAGCUCCUGGGAGCAGGUUCUGUUCAGUAAACUGCGGCGAACGUCCGUCCUAAUCACUAUAGUGGUUACACUAUUUUAGAUGAGUGAACUAGACAUUUCCUACAAAAGUAUUGAUCAUCCGUGGUCACUGGACGAGCAGAUAUAUCCCAAAGAGCCAUAUUGGACCAAAAAACAAAUCUAUCUGAAGCCGCCAAAAUGUAAA